AUGGCGCCAUCACUAAUUACCUACAUUCUCCUAGCUCUCCCCUUCAUCCUAGCCUUCCUUGUCCACAACCGCAAGAAAAUUAGGUCGAACCAGGCUCGUCUCCCACCCGGCCCGACCGGUCUUCCCUUCAUAGGAAACCUGCUCCAGCUUGAUCCCGCCGCCCCUCAUCGCUAUCUAUGGCAGCUCUCCAAAAAACACGGCCCCUUGACUUCCCUCAGGCUCGCUUCUGCCCGUGUCGUCGUCGCCUCCACCGCCGAGAUGGCCCAACAGGUGAUGAAAUCUCAGGACCUCGUCUUCUGCAGCCGGCCAACCGCAAUCGGCACGCAGAAGCUCUCCUACGGCGGCCGGGACCUGGCAUUCUCGCCCUACAACGAGUACUUCAGGGAGAUGAGGAAGUUAUGUGUGGUUCAUCUCUUCAGCCUUCCCCGGGUCCAGAGCUUUCGUCCCAUCAGAGAGUGCGAGGUGUCUAAAUUGAUUGACAGGAUAUCCGAGUCGUCUGGACGAGGACCUUUCGACAUGUCGGAGGCAAUGAGAUCCCUCACGACCGCGAUCAUAUGUCGCGUGGCGUUCGGCACGAGCUACGAUGACGAGAGAUCUGUCGCGAGGUUUCAGUCGCUUUUGAAUGAGACUCAGGCUAUGUUCACGAGCUUCUUUGUCGCCGACCAUUUCCCUCUCCUCGGGUUUGUGGACAGGCUCUCUGGUCUCAACCGUCGCCUCGAAAAGAAUUUCGAGGAGUUCGAUGCCUUCUAUCAGGAGAUCAUCGACCAUCAUCUCGACCCAAAUAGAUCCAAAACCGAGCAGGACGAAGAUAUUCUUGAUGUUCUGCUUCAGAUCAAGGAGGACCCGUCCUACAAAAUCCGACUCACUUUCGACCACAUCAAAGCACUUCUCAUGAAUAUAUUCGUCGGUGGAACAGACUCCAGCGCGGCCACUGUGAUUUGGACGAUGACAUAUUUGGUCAAGAAUCCUGGAGUCAUGGCGAAAGCUCAAAGAGAAGUUAGGGAAUUGAUCGGGAAGAAAGGUUUUGUGAAUGAAGAAGACAUGCAACAACUAGCCUACCUCAAAGCUGUGAUCAAGGAGUCAAUGAGACUGCAACCCACAGCUCCAUUGUUGGUUCCAAGGGAAUCAACCGAGGAUUGUAGGUUAGGCGGGUACGAAAUACCGGCCAAGACUAUAGUCUACGUCAAUAUAUGGGCGAUCGGAAGGGAUCCUGAAACCUGGGGAGAAAACCCGGAGGAGUUUAGGCCGGAGAGGUUCAUGGAAAAUUCAUCGAUUGAUGUGAAAGGUGCAGACUUUGAGCUGAUACCGUUCGGAGCGGGAAGAAGGAUGUGUCCCGCUAUGCAUAUGGGGCUCGCAAAUGUGGAGCUCUCUCUGGCUAAUCUGCUUUACGCUUUCGAUUGGGGAAUGCCGGAUGGAAUGAAGAAUGAGGAUUUAGACAUGGAUGUGCAGCCUGGCGUUGCGAUGCACAAGAAAAACCCUUUGCGCCUAGUGGCUACAAAGUGGGUGUUAUAG